AUGGAGACCGUCCCAGAGACCUCCGAGAUCCAGAUUCCCAAGACCUCUCCUGAGCCGAGCUCGACCCGGCCGAAUCCCUUUGACGACAGCGACGUUUCGUCUCGCAAGCGCCGGCGCACCUCAGCCUCGGGCUCGCCUUCGGCCUCUGUCGAAACAGGCCUGCACCGCUCAGAAUCUGGCUCCAGUCCAUUCUCCACCGUCAACACCAGCGUCGCCGCCCUGGACGACAAGAUGAAGGUCGACCGGGGCUCCCAGCAACCUCGAACACCGCCCCAGGCUGCGAAUUCGCCAGCCUUCUCCCCCGAGCCACCAACGUCCAGCCGAGUGACCAUCAAUUUAAGAAAUGCGCCCUACAGCGAUUCUACAGCCUCUCCCUCCGCCCCGCAGUACUUCUCUCCUUCCAAAGUCCGAAUACAAACCCCCGAGGAGGACCAGGUUCAGAAGAGCAUCGAAGAAGAAGCCGACCUUGGCCUGGCUCUCAACGGCAAUGGACAUCUGGGACUCGCGCAUGCCUCGCCCGUGGCGUCUCCAAGCCCGCCUGUUGAAGUCAUCACCAUACAAGAAGACGAUGGCGUGGCAGAAGAGGUUGAACUCGUAUUUGACCAAUCGCUCCUGGACGGUCCCAUGGCAGAUCCUACAAUGGAAUUUCCCUACAGCAAUACGCAGAAUACGCUACUGGAAACAUCGACUCGCCUUCAAACUUACUUUUCAUCUCAGCCAAAUCCAGACCCAGCCUCCAUUCAACAGAUUCGAGAAUGGUUAGACAAGUUUCUCACAUUUGCCAAGCAGAGCAACCCGCAAGUUGUACUCGAGUCGCUUCGAAGCAAUAAAUCGUUCUGGUUAUAUUUACCAAACAUCAUCGAUGCUACGAUAAAUAGACAGUAUGUCUCAACCACGCGGGUAGCUGUGCUCGGCUUGUAUCACUCGUUCUUAGCUUUCACAGCGCACCUCUUACUACUCGACUCUCAGUCUAUCCAAGAAUGGCAAUCUCAUCUUCAGCCCGACCCCGAUGGCCCGCAGUUGUUUGCUCCCGAUUAUCUUCAUCAGCUGUUCAGGCUGAAGCAAUAUCAUGAGCAGCUUAGAGGCGGCGACUUCUCCGAUUUUCCUCUCAACACACCUGGCUAUAUGAACGUUGGAUCGUACUUUAUACGUCAGCUGCAAUCCUUCCUUGGAGGCAGUAUUGAAUUUCUCGGCAGCUUCGCAACAGCCCUUGCCGCGGUCGUAUCAGUGGUCCCGAAAUUGGUUGAUGCCCUUGCGCCUGUAGCGCAAGUACUGGUUUACUGCCUGCAUGAACCCGCCGAUGCUAUCGGCUUGGCCUCACAAGAACAACUAAAAGAUGUCUAUGACCUUUGGGAAUCUCUAUCCUCGCUCCUGGGUGUAAUCAUUGACAAGCAUGUCGGCCAUUUAACCAAGGACAGGGCCGCCAUGUUAAUUGAGGCUCUGAGUGAGAUGCUUAGAAUCUGUCUGCCAUGCGGCCACGACAAUACCAACAGGCUGAUCGAGGACCAUAAAGCAGAAUACCCAGAUCUCGUAGCAUCGAGUGAUGAAAACCUUUCGACGUCGCUGACUGUCUACGCCAUCAUGUGGGAGUGGAAAACGGACAUGCUUGCGCGAUUGAUUCGUUCAACUCAAAUGCAGCUGCGAGUGAUGGCCAUUGAAAUUAUGAGCACUGAGCUAAUCGCGAGUUGGAGAAGAACCAGCAACCACGAGGUAGACCCGCAAGAUCCUUUCCUCAGUCACCAAGGCCGCUACUUGCUUCGGAUAAACCUAGUGGAUUACCUCACCGGUUCAAACUGUCACCCUGAACUCGUGGCUGGGAGCAGUAAUAUCCUUGGAUUCCUGGUCGUGACCAAAAUGUACAGUGCAACGCAUUCCGAUCGUUUGUGGCAGGGCAUCUCAGAGAGUCAAGAUCCCAGGGCUGCAAAAGCUCUCACCGAGCUAAACAGUUCAAUCGCCAAUCUGCUUGAUUACAAUGAGCUCUCGUCUCUUUGUGAGAAGUUCCAAACACUUCCAAUCCAAGACUUCAAUCCAUCGACAAUAAAUUUCUGCAGCUAUAUGCUCAAGGAACUGGUAGCGCGAUGCCAAAGAGAUGGGAGAGCACCUGGAUUACUUCCAUAUGAACUCUGCCUAAGAUUACUGAGGGAGUCGUCAAUAUGCACGUCAGAUUCUCAGUCGCUCUAUCCGGAAAUUCAAUCCGAAGCAAUGGCAAGACUGGAUAACCUGGUGGCAUUGGGCAUGGACGACCAGGACCGUAAAAAACUAUACUCUUUCUGUGCUGAAGACCUGGCGGCAAACUCUCCCACUGCAAUGGGCAGUCUAUGCUGUUUACAAAUCGCCAUGAAGGGAAAUGUGGCAAGCGAGCUGACUGUACUCAUAGAGCAAUUUGGUUUCGCGACGCUACUUGUCGAAGAGCUGGCGCAUGCUAUCAAUGUAGGCAGGGCUGCCGGCAUGCCUGUGGUGUUCUCUGGGGCCUCGAACCGACCAAGAAGAGAAUUCAUUGCAAAAGUUAUUUAUCAUCGACCAGAUGCGGUAUCUGGAGAUUUGGGAGAGAAACUCUGGAAUCUCUUGGUUGGGACGGCUUGUCUUGGCGACGAGGACAGAAACUCAGGCUGGGAGGUCAUUAUGGCUUUCGACCGUGAGACGGCAGCCGGGAAUCCGUUUCUGCAAUCAUGUUACUCCCUAUACUUGCCCAGUCUUCCUCCUUCUUGCUUUUGCAGGGGAAUGCUCAAUUGCCUUUGGCGAAUCAUCUUGGGCGCCGAUGAUGCUGAGAGCGUCAGCAUUGGUAUCAAAGCCUUGGCCGUUGACGUUUAUUUGGAAAGCAGAGCGAUUUUAACAUACCCCUUCAAUCGGGCCCGCCAAAUUCACUCGUCCUUUGUCGAUCGCUGCUUGGGCCAAUUGAAAGAUGCCGCUAGGAAGAUUAAAGCGUCAAGCGACGGGAUAUCAAGCGGUGAGGAUGAACCAAUGAUCAUUGUGACAAGUGAGGACGAAAUCCACCAGCAAGAGCGCAUCUUUGCCCGAACCCUGCAGCUUCUUGGGCUCUUCGUGGAAACUCACUAUACAAAACCUGCACUGUGUGCUCCCGAUUUCCGGCCGUUUGUUAAUCAAGAUCCAAACGAAGUUCAGGGAGAUCUAACGAUGCUCCAAUAUCAGUCCUUUGACAAUGGCACACAAACAGAAAUGAAGCCACUGCAUAUCGGAAAACUCAACACGGCAGCCUCUCUAUUAUCCAGCUUGAAGCUCGAGACAGGCUUCAGUCACUAUCGAGUGUUUUAUCAAGGCCAGCAGUUCCUUCCUACCGAGGAAGAAAUUUGCAAAUCUCUGGAAAGCUUGGAAGUCAACGAAGGUUUAAUCCUGGUGAGGCGCGAAGAAGACGACUUCGACGCUGUAAAUGCAGUCCGAGUCAAACCAGGCUCAUCGCCUAUUGAGAUUCAGAUACUGUCUCGCUUCCAAGAGCUAUGGAUGUAUCUGGGCAUGGAAGAUGCAAUCGCCAAAGAAGUCUAUAGCCUCCUCGUCCAGCUGCCCACUGAUGGCGGAAUCAUCGACCUUUUUGAGAGCCCAACAGUCGCGCACACGGAUAUUUUCCCACCUGGACAGCCUUACAAAUCACUCUAUGUCAUCCGUGCAUUGACUGAAUACAUUGAAUCAAUUCGCUUGAUAGAAUCCAGCGAUGAAACGGGUAGAAAGGCUUUAAGAUUCUCCCAGAGCUCAUACGAGGAGGCGUUGAAGAAAUCGUAUUCUUUGGUCGUACUGGCCAUAUCCAAUGAGAGUUUUCUGGAGCAAAUCACCCCCGCGUUGCAGAUUGAGCUCAUGCAAGCCUUGAUGGCAACCUUUGUGCGGCUCUUACAAAACACUUGGCUCCUAUCGAGGCAGUCAGUCAAGGACGGCGCUACAUACCCGUCUCCAAGACGUCUUGUCGAGAUUUUAUCCUACGCUUCAGAAUCAACGCAAGUCGGCUCCGAGUCUUUAAUCGACGGGUCGAUUUCUGCCAUAUUGCGGUUGUGCCUCAUUCACGACGAUUUCUUGGAAGAAAUUGCAAACCUUGACUCUUUCACGGACCUUGUAAAGAGCCUAAUACUUUUGAAUCCACGCUCAACAGUGAGGAAUCGUGUUGUCGAGAUGAUAAGGGAGGCAGUGGAGAUAGAAGAGGGCCUCAUCGCCCCAUCCGAAAGUGACGCUAUCGCACCGUUCUAUCCUCUGACGAAAUUCGCUUGGUCUACUAUUUCAAGCUUCCUUUCUGAGGCAAUCAGUGUUCCUAGCCAAUGUCAUGAAUUUUUUGGCGGUCUUGAAUACCUACUAUACAAGACUUUCCAAAUAAUGCCUUCUGAAGUGGAUACGCCCGCCGUUGCUGCGCAAGUUUGCCAACUGCUGCUCAGCCACGACUCAACCGAGUCGCUCGAUCAGCCAGAAUCGCAAGAUGUCUUGGCAAAUGAUCUAUUGUCCAUUUUGCUCGGCUGUCUACAAGUGGAUGAAACACUGCCAGCUUCCUCAAGCUUGCCUGAUGACAUUGUGCAAGACUUGUUUUGGAGACACCUUUUCCCCAAGCUGCGAAGUCAACUGGGACAACCCGUGCAAAAUGUAUUACUGAGACCAGAUACUCGACAGAAGCUGUACAAAGCCAUUCUGAGAUUGGCAGAAAACAAUCAAGUCGUUCUCGGCCCGUUACUCCGGUCCCUCAACUCUCUUGUUCCGUACUAUUCGGACGAAAGCGAAGGCCAUUAUAUAUACGAUUUACCCUGCCAAUUUAAUCGCGAAAAGGCUAUUAAGCCCUGCAGCUAUGUUGGCCUGCGAAACCUCUCGAAUACGUGCUAUCUAAACGCGCUGGUCACUCAGCUUUUCAUGAAUACUCAGUUUCGGCAGUUCAUCCUCAGCUUGGACAUUCCAUAUAACAGUAGUUCCCAACAGCUACUAUUCCACGUACAAAAGCUCCUUGCCUACAUGCAAGAAAGCCAUUGCCGAUUCGUAGAUCCCGAACACUUUGUUUUAAACAUACGAACGUACGAAGACACCUACAUCGACAUCAACAGCCAGAUGGAUGUGGAUGAAUUCUAUAACCUGUUAUUCGAUCGGUUGGAAGCACAGCUGCCGAGGGACGACCAAAAGAGGGAGCUUCGGGGAAUAUACGGCGGGCAGCUUGUCCAACAAAUCAAGUCGCAGGAAUGUACACACGUAUCCGAACGAUUCGAACCAUUUUCCGCCAUACAGUGCGAUAUCAACGGGAAACGCACGCUUCGGGAGAGCCUCGAGGCCUAUGUUGGGGGAGAAAUCAUGGAAGGUGAUAACAGAUAUAAAUGCUCGUCCUGCGAUCGACAUGUUGAUGCUGUAAAGAGGGCUUGUCUCAAAGAUGUACCAGACAAUCUAAUUUUCCAUCUGAAACGAUUCGACUUCAGCCUUCGAACGUUUCAGCGAAGCAAGAUUAAUGAUUACUUUUCAUUCCCCCGUACGAUCGAUAUGCGACCAUAUACGAUUGAUCAUCUCAGAGACCCAGCAGCUGACGUGGGGCAAGAGGAUAUAUUCGAGCUCGUGGGCAUUCUUGUACACUCGGGCACGGCAGAAUCGGGCCAUUACUAUUCUUUCAUCCGAGAACGCACAUCAACGGAUGACCAGCCCCGUUGGUUUGAGUUCAAUGACGACAACGUGUCGCUAUGGGACUCGCGCAACAUGGCGAACCAAACAUUUGGCGGCCCUGGCCAACAAUCAGUACAUGACACAAACGGGACAGGGUAUGCUAAAAACUAUAGCGGAUAUAUGCUCUUCUAUCAGCGCUCCUCUUCCCUCGCUGCAGAGCAGGAGCAAGCGGGAUUAUCCACAACAACGGGGGCUGUCACCACCCCCGUGCAGGUCGAAGUUCCCCCGAAUCUGAAGGAACACAUCCUGCGCGAGAAUGCAAACAUCCUCAAACGGCACUGCUUGUUUGAUCCCAAUUAUACGAUAUUUGUGGAGGCUUGCUUCGUUCAAGCAAAAUUGUUUGGAAAUAAUUCGUCGCUCAGUCCAUGGCAGCAGCAGUACCAAGAUGGACUCCAUGAUUUGCCUCACGGAUUGAAAGAUUUGGCAAUGGAGAUGGCUCUAAGUCACUUGGAUCAACUAGUGACGCGAAUCGAGAAUACGCCAGACUUGGAACAGUUUUCAGAAAUGAUUCGAUUGGCUGUUGUUGAAUGCGUGGACUGCGCCCUUGCCUUCUUUGAGUAUUUCAGUAGGCGCCAUGAGGCCUUCCGAAUGCUCGCCCAACGUCAUCCAGACGCCGCCGUUCGCAAUUUUUCGUGCAAAAUGCUGAUUAUCGCGAUGGAGAAGAUUGCCACCGAAAUGCCAAAUGUGUACGAUCCGCUGAGCGCCAAUAUCGUCAUUCAGGACGACAGAAGCGACAUUGCUGUCGAUUCUCCCGCCUCUCGCAGCCCGUCGUCUCCAAGGCCCUCCGUCUUGGAUGAGGCAAUGUUUCUCAUCGACCAUCUCUGGCGACACUUUCAUCUCCAUCUACGUUCCUGGGAUGAGGUCUUUGGUCUGUUGCUCGAAUUUGCGAAAAUGGGUCCUCGAGAGGUGGCCCAGCUAUUGGCUCACGAUUACCUGCUUAAGCUACUGCGCAUCAUUGCGGCCGACACAAUGACGGAAUUGUCGCUGAAUUAUUCAAAGAUGCUGCAGAACAUCUAUCGGCGAUUGCCACGGCCUCCGCCGUAUGCGGCAAUCUUGGAGCUCAUUGACUAUUUGAUAUGGCAGCUUGAACCCUUGCUAGGCACACAGUACAUCGUCGAUACAGCAGAGGAGCGUCUGAACCGCGACGAGGCGCCGUUUCCUUGGACAGCAGAUGAGGUUCAGAUGAUACACAGCCACCCAGAGCGCCAACUGGGCAGCUUUUUUGUCGAAAAACUAAUCGCAAUUGAUCAAGCUCGCCCCACUACCCAUCGCAUUCUAGGCCGCCUGACGUCGCUCGCGCCUCAGAUGGAUAUGAGAAUCUUCCAUAGUCUACGACGAAAACUAGAGGCAGACUCAACGAUGCAGCCAAUGGACCCGUUCCUGCGGGCCGCCGUACAGUAUUUGGAAUCUACACAGUCAAUUCCUCACAGUCGAAACAUUGUACGCUUCAUCGCUCUGCAGGCCCGGAGCUUACAGAAUACCGAACCGGUAGCCUUUUUGGAAUUCUUUAGCGCGGCACUCAAUCUGAAGAGACCGGAUAGCGAUAUUGUACGAGCUAUUCAAAGUUGCAGCCUCGAGACACUGCCAGACUGGGUGCCUCAUCUACUCGCAUGCGGAGACGGCGGGGUACGAUACGACACUGUGCGUUUACUCGAUGUCGAGCUGUUUGAUCAGAUGUCCAACACAGAUGAUGUGGACGAAGACGACGUAUCGAUGCUCCUCGAGAGAAGGGACAAGUUGAAAGAAAUUGUCCAGAAAGUAGGCAGAGCAUGCGUGUUUUAUUUACGAGACACACACGUCAGACAACGCAAUCAAAUUGGACGCGACACUGCUCUUGUGAUGGUUCAGGUAACAUCCAAAUGCACGCCCUACUUUUCCGAUGAGCCAGGGGUAGACGAUGAAAGAAGUAUCGAAUUCAAUAACCUCCAGAUUGACACUGCAAAUGCUGUGCGCGCGAUGAUUGUUGAUGAAGUUGAAGAUGACAACUCUGACUGGGAGGGCUCAUACAUGUCAUCAGAUCCGCUGGAUUGCCAGCCGGACUUGGGAGUUGAGCAAAUUGGGGAGCCAGACGGGGCUCUUGCGACAAGAUGA